AUGUCGAAAGAAAACGACACCAAGUCCAAUUCGGCAUUACCGUUGGACUAUCGGGGCAAACUUAUCCUUGCGCCAAUGGUUCGUGUGGGCACAAUGACCAUGCGACUGCUAGCGUUGAAGUACGGCGCUGAUAUUGUGUAUAGUCCUGAAACGGUCGACAAGCGGUUGAUCAAGUCCAAACGGGUAGUCAAUGAACUCCUAGGAACAAUCGACUAUAUCGAGCAGGAUGCAAAGACCUUGACCUUGCGCUUUCAUCCUUCGGAGCUUAGCCGACUCGUUGUGCAACUGGGCACGGGCGAUCCUGAACUAGCAGUGCAGGCCGCCAAGGUGGUCGCUGGCGAUGUCGCCGGAAUAGAUCUUAACUGUGGAUGCCCGAAACGUUUUUCGCUCGUAUCGAGCAUGGGCGCUGCAUUAUUGUCCGAUCCUGAUCGAUUGAUUGCAAUUCUUGAACGAUUAAAAGCAGAGUUGACCAUUCCUGUCACUUGCAAAAUCCGUCUACUGCCUGCGACCGAUACGGAAACGUCCUUGGAGCGAACCGCUGCGUUGAUGCGUCGCAUAGAAGCUACUGGUGUCAGCGCAAUCGGCGUGCAUUGUAGAUUCCAAGACGAGAAGCCGUCAGAUCCAGGACAUUGGGAAUACUUCGAUGAACUGGCGAAGGUGGUCAGCAUACCGGUUAUUGCGAAUGGAGAUGUCUUUAGCAUGGAAGACAUGCGGAAGCUGACCCGUUCAAGUGGCAUCACAUCUUUCAUGUUGGCACGAGCGCCACAAUACAACGUGUCAGUUUUCCGGCCAGAAGGUCUCCUUCCAAUUCAAGAAGUAAUGGCAGAAUACUUCCGAACAGCCAUCGACUACGACAUGCCGUAUCACAACGCCAAAUACUGCCUGCUUCUCAUGUGGCCCGGCGCUCUUGGAAAGGAGUUCCGCGAAACUAUGGCAAGAACGAAGUCAUACGAGGGAAUGGCUGAACUGCUAGGAUUACAAGAGUACCUGGUCAAAGUGCGGCAAGAACGCGAACAGAAAGCGGCGAUCUUGCGGGAAAAAGGGCUGACGGAGAAGGGCCAGACGGAACAAUCGCAUGCGAAGGUCGACGCGGCACUGGGACCGGAUUGCCCGUACAUCCCAGAUGCACCUGACUACGAAACGGUCAUGAAAGUGGCUUACACCGUAGCUCAAUGA